CCCGCCGCCGUGCAGUGCCGCCCUAUCUUGCUGCAGCCGCCGCACCCGCUCCAGCGCCCCCAAUUUGCGCUCGGGAGCGAGGAGCGGCCAACGGCCCCGCCCCGCUGCCGCCAUCGUCACUGCAGUGCUCUCCGGUCGCCAUUCGUUACCGAAACUUUACAGCACCCGCGACGUUUCCGGGACUCCGCGGCGGCUGGGCGGAGGCGGCCCAGGGGCGGCGCGCGGCUGCUCGGGUGCGCGGGGCUCUUUUCGGCAGCCCCACUGCUGGGCCUCGAAAACUGACCGUCUGAGGGAGAUUCAGAGCACUGCCAGCAUUAUUUCAUUGUGAAGACUGAAUUGAUCCUGGGUGUGUCUGUGAGGAUGUUGCCAAAGGAGCCAGCGCAGUUAUAAUAUAAGCAGGCAGAAAGGAGAGACUAGCCUACCCCUGUGACCCUACAUCUUUCUUCCAUGCUGGAUGUUUCCUGCCCUCAAACAUGGGACUCCAAGUUCUUCAGUUUUGGAACCUGGACUGGGCAUCCUUGCGCCUCACCCUGCAAAUGGCUUCUUGUGGGACCUUGUGAUCAUGAUGGUUCCUGGUGGGAGCGGUGGCUCAUGCCUGUAAUCCCAACACUUGGGGAGGCCAAGGUGUGUCCGGAAUUUAUCCUUCUGGGGAAUUCCAGCUGUUCUCCUAACAGAAGGGCAGUUUUUGAAGAAAUUAAGCAGGACUUGAUGUGGAUUGUCAUAAGCUGUCUCUCCCUCAAGAGACGGCGUGCCAUUUCUAUGACUGGAUGCUGAGAAGCCUGCUGGUCCACAGGUUUACACAUGAAGUUACCAUAAAGAGUGUGGCUUCUGCUUCAUCAACACCUCAUUGCCGUGAGGUGAGGAUAUGAUGAGCAUAACCAGUGACGAGGUGAACUUCUUGGUGUAUCGGUAUCUCCAGGAGUCAGGUUUUUCCCACUCGGCUUUCACAUUUGGGAUCGAGAGCCACAUCAGCCAGUCCAACAUUAAUGGGACGCUAGUGCCACCAGCUGCCCUCAUCUCCAUUCUGCAGAAGGGACUGCAGUAUGUGGAGGCUGAGAUCAGCAUCAACGAGGAUGGAACAGUGUUUGACGGCCGCCCCACAGAGUCCCUGUCCUUGAUAGAUGCUGUGAUUCCUGAUGUGGUGCAGAUGCAGCAGCAGGCGUUUGGAGAGAAGCUCACUCAGCAGCAAGCCAGUGCAGCAGCCAUGGAGGCAUCAGCAAUGGCAAAGGUGGCACCCAUAACCCCAGCUACUGUUUCCCAGCAAAAUCCUCCAAAGAACCAAGAGGCCACAGUGAAUGGGGAACAGAAUGGAGCACGUGCAAUCAAUAAUCACUCAAAGGACGGGGAUGUUGAGAUUCCACCCAACAAAGCCACAGUCCUUCGGGGCCAUGAGUCUGAGGUGUUCAUUUGUGCCUGGAACCCUGUCAGUGAUUUGCUAGCUUCCGGAUCUGGAGACUCAACUGCAAGGAUAUGGAACCUGAAUGAGAAUAGCAACGGGGGCUCCACCCAGCUCGUGUUGAGACACUGUAUACGAGAAGGGGACCACGAUGUCACGAGUAACAAAGAUGUCACCUCACUGGACUGGAACAGUGAUGGAACACUAUUGGCGACGGGUUCAUAUGAUGGUUUUGCAAGAAUAUGGACAGAAAAUGGUAACCUGACCAGCACCUUAGGCCAACAUAAAGGACCCAUCUUCGCUUUGAAAUGGAACAAAAAGGGGAAUUAUAUUUUGAGUGCUGGUGUAGACAAAACAACAAUAAUUUGGGAUGCUCACACAGGAGAAGCAAAACAGCAGUUUCCUUUUCAUUCAGCCCCUGCCCUUGAUGUGGACUGGCAGAACAACACGACCUUUGCCUCCUGUAGCACAGACAUGUAUAUCCACGUGUGCAGGCUUGGCUGUGAUCGCCCAGUCAAAACCUUCCAGGGACACACUAACGAGGUCAACGCCAUCAAAUGGGAUCCUUCUGGAAUGUUGCUGGCCUCCUGCUCCGAUGACAUGACAUUGAAGAUCUGGAGUAUGAAACAGGAUGCAUGCGUUCACAAUCUUCAGGCUCACAGCAAAGAGAUCUACACCAUCAAGUGGAGCCCCACCGGGCCCGCCACCAGCAACCCAAACUCCAGCAUCAUGUUGGCAAGUGCUUCGUUUGAUUCUACAGUGCGACUAUGGGAUAUGGAGCAAGGUGUCUGCACCCAUACACUCAUGAAGCAUCAGGAGCCUGUCUACAGUGUAGCUUUCAGCCCCGAUGGGAAGUACUUGGCCAGUGGAUCCUUUGACAAGUGUGUUCAUAUCUGGAAUACUCAGAGUGGAAGUCUUGUCCACAGCUACCAAGGCACCGGCGGUAUCUUUGAGGUGUGCUGGAACACCCAAGGAGACAAAGUCGGUGUCAGCGCAUCUGACGGCUCUGAACACUUUGGCUGGUGAGCAUGCACACAACUCCAGGAAACACUGCACAUGUGGCCCCUCCCAAAUGGUAGCAGGCCACUGUGCAUGAAGACAGCCUGCUCCAAGAAAAUAAUCAUGGAAGAAGGGAUACAAGACCCCAGAAACCAUGGCAACAUAAAAGACCCCACAUCAAGGGCUAAACAGUGCACUUGACUCUCUCAAGUUACCUGCUUGGCCAUAUUCCAAGUGUACUUACUUCCUUUCAUUCCUCUUCUAAAGCUUUUUAAUAAACUUUCCCUCUUGC